UUCUUCUCUAAAAAACUCUCAUUUAAUACUAUGCAUCUAUGUUUGCAUGAUCUCUUUUUGGUAACGGAUUUUAUUCUAAAUCAUUAUAAUCCCUACUCUUAAGACUUGGAUUUUAUCGAUUGGUCCCUAGAAUCCACUUUAUCCCUACACAUACUUUCUUAUUAUAAUCACACUAACAUCUCAUAACAAAUCAUACUUCCAUCAUCCUCUCUGAGCCAAACAAUCACUCAUGAUGACAAUUAUCACUACACAAAUGCCACUUCUUUUGCUUCUACUUUUAUCUUUAACCACAUUUCACAAAUGCAUGUCAAUCAAUGAUCACAAAUGGGUUCGAUGCAAUGAGAAAGAUAAAGAGACAUUAUCAAUCUUCAAAAAGGGAAUCAAUGAUAGUUAUGGUCAGCUAUCAACAUGGUCAACCGAAAAAGAUUGUUGUGCAUGGAAAGGAGUCUCCUGUGACAACAUAACCAACAGAGUUACAAAACUUGAUCUCAAAUUACCACCUUACAGAACUUUGACAGGUGAAAUCAAUAUGUGUAUUCUAGAACUUGAGUUUCUCAGUUACUUGGAUUUGAGCUUGAAUGAUUUUGAUGUGAUAAGUUUUACAACCAUUCAACACAACAUCACACAUGCAUCUAACCUUUUCUACCUUGACUUAUCCAACAACUUUGUAGAUAGAAGUAGUACUCUUCAGAUGAAUAAUCUUGAUUGGCUUUCUCCACAUUCUUCAUUGAAAUAUCUGAACCUUACUGGAAUUGAUCUUCAUAAGGUAACCAAUUGGCUUCAAGCUGUUAAUACACUUCCUUCACUAUUAGAGUUACAGUUGAGUCAUUGUUACCUAAACAACUUCAUCAUCAACCCAUCUAUUCAGUAUUUGAAUUUGUCUUCACUUCUAACUCUUGAUCUUUCUGUCAACGACAUCACCUCUCAGUUACCAAAUUGGUUUUUUAAUCUCACCAAAGAUCUCACUGAACUCAUGCUUCAAGAAAACAAUAUACAUGGUGAGAUACCUUCAAGCUUGCUAAACCUUCAAAAUCUGAGAUACCUUGAUCUCUCUUUUAACGAACUACAAGGAUCACUUCCAGAUGGAAUAAGCCAACUACCAAAUAUUCAACACCUUGACCUUAACAGUAACAUGUUAAGUUUUACAACCAUUCAACACAACAUCACACAUGCAUCUAACCUUUUCUACCUUGACUUAUCCUCCACUGAUCUUCAGAUGGAUAAUCUUGAUUGGCUUUCUCCACUUUCUUCUUUGAAAUAUCUCUACCUUAGUGGAAUUGAUCUUCAUAAGGUAACCAAUUGGCUUCAAGCUGUUAAUACACUUCCUUCACUAUUAGAGUUACAAUUGAGUGAGUGUAACCUGAACAACUUCACCAUCAACCCAUCGAUUGAGUAUUUGAAUUUGUCUUCACUUCUAACUCUUGAUCUUUCUGAAAACAAAUUCACCUCUCAGUUACCAAAUUGGUUUUUUAAUCUCACCAAAGAUCUCACUGAACUCAUGCUUCAAGAAAACAAUAUACAUGGUGAGAUACCUUCAAGCUUGCUAAACCUUCAAAAUCUGAGAUACCUUGAUCUCUCUUUUAACAAACUACAAGGAUCACUUCCAGAUGGAAUAAGCCAACUACCAAAUAUUCAACACCUUGAUCUUAACAGUAACAUGUUAAGUGGUUCCAAUAUUCCUUCAACUUUAGGAAACCUCUCAUAUUUAAAUUACUUGUCCAUUGGUCGUAAUAAUUUCUCAGGUGAAAUUUCAGAAAAUACUUUUUCCAAACUCUCUAAUUUAGAUUACCUAGAAUUGACAAGUUCUAAUUUUGUAUUCCAAUUUGAUUUGGAUUGGGUUCCUCCUUUUCAACUCAGUUAUCUUUUCUUGAGUAAUACAAAUCAAGGUCCAAACUUUCCUUCUUGGAUAUAUACACAGAAGUCACUGCAAUAUCUCGACUUAUCGAGCUCGGGAAUUUCAUUGGUAGAUAAAAACAAGUUUUCGAGCCUUAUAGAAAGAAUAUCUGAUUAUCUUGAUUUGUCAAACAAUUCCUUGACUGGGGACAUAUCAAACCUAACACUAAAGGGUGAGUUGAUUUUAUAUUUGUAUCGCAAUAAUUUUACAGGAGGACUCCCAAACAUAUCACCGAAUGUCGGUGAUGUUGAUUUUUCUUACAACUCCUUCUCAGGGUCAAUUCCACAUAGUUGGAAGAACUCGAAAUAUUUAGGAUCCAUUAAUUUGUGGAAUAAUAAGCUAUCUGGUGAAGUUCUGGAGCACGUCUCUGAUUGGACACAAUUGUGGUUCUUGAACUUGGGAGAAAAUGAAUUUUCAGGAACCAUACCAAUCAAGAUGUCACAAUUAUUCUUGAACUUACAUGUAUUAAUAUUGAGAGCUAACCAAUUUGAAGGGCCUAUUCCAACACAAUUAUUCAAUCAAUCUUAUUUGUUUCAUUUAGACCUUGCACAUAACAAACUUUCAGGAUCUAUGCCAGAGUGCAUCUACAACUUGACUGCAAUGGUUAUUUUUAAUGGGGAGGGCUCAAUUUAUGGUUCAAUUGAGUUGUUUACAAAAGGUCAACAAUAUCAUAUUAAACUUUCCAAAAUUAGGAAAACUAUUGACCUAUCAGCAAAUAACUUGUCUGGAAAAGUGCCAUUGGAAUUAUUUCAGCUUGUUCAACUUCAAACCUUAAACUUAUCUCACAAUAAUUUCAUUGGAACAAUACCAAAGACAAUUGGAGGCAUGAAACAUGUAGAAUCUCUCGAUCUCUCCAAUAAUAAGCUUUCUGGUGAAAUUCCUCAGAGCAUGGCUCUCUUAACCUUCUUGGAGGUUUUUAAUUUAUCUUGCAACAAUUUUCAUGGAAAAAUCCCAAUAGGAACUCAACUUCAAAGUUUUAAUGCAUCGAGCUACAUUGGAAACCCAGACCUAUGCGGAGCUCCUCUUAAUAAUUGUACCCCAAAAGAAGAAAAUCCCAAAACUGCAACAACAUAUCCGGAGAAUGAAGAUGAUGACUCCAUACGAGAAUCAUUGUAUCUAGGCAUGGGAGUUGGAUUUGCAGCAGGUUUCUGGGGAAUUUGUGGUUCUUUGUUUCUUAUUAGGAAAUGGAGGCAUGCAUGCUUUCGGUUUGUUGAUGGAGUGGGUGACAAGCUCUAUGUAACUUUGAUGGUAAAGUUAAAUAGUUUUCGCAGAAAUUGAGCUCCUGCUAGUGAAGGUGAUUCAUCAUGUGGCUGAUUGAUCCUGCAAAUCAUGGUUAUGAUUUUUCAAAAAGAGCCAAAUUGUGAUACCACUGUUGUUGCUGAAUUUAUCUUUCACUUUUUGUAAUGUUUUUGUUCAUUUUGUCAAUUGUAAUGUUUUUGUUCAUUCAAAAACUAUUGCUCAUGUUAUGUAUCUGUCAUCUUAUUGGAUAUUGAAAAUAAUUUUUCAACAAAACUUAGCUGCCUCAAACUCUACAUUGUGUAAAAAACCAAUAUUGUCAUAUCUUAAAUAAACUGGAUUCGAAUUUGGCGGGCCGUUCCAUA